AAUUUAAUGAAUUCUGUUUAUUUGCCAUACAAAACUGAAAAGUUUACACAAUCGUUAGAGUGAAGAAUGAGGGCCGUAGUUGUGGUUGCUGCCGUGAUCUUAACAAUCGCUCAGGGGACGUUUGCUGAAGAUGACCUGGGCAAGGCAAUUGUGCACACCGUAUCCAUCAUCCACGAUAGCGUAAAAUCCCUUUUGAAAACGAUGUUUCAGAAGGUGAAGGACGUCGUGGAAAACGUGGCGAAAAAACUCAACGAGAUGGUUCAGUCGAUAGGCAAGGAUCAGCACCAAGACCAAAAACAGCCUGAUCACACCGAAAAACCCAAAGGGCAAGGGGGCGAGCAAAAGCCGAACCAUGAUUCGGACCCAAAACAAAAUGGCGGUUCGAAGGUGGUUUCGGAUGGCAAAACGAGCAAGCUAUACAUGUAAUAAACUUCACGUGUAUUUAGUUUGACAAAUAAAUAUUCCUUACCUCUGUU